GGCCCUGGUGGCAGCCUGUGGGGCACCCUCGGAAAUCUCAGGAUAUUCGCUCCACCCAGCGGGGCUCGGUCCACCCAGCACCAAGAAGGGGAGAGAGCGGAGACUGGGGACCAGACAGGGACCAGCGAGGGUGGUCCCUGAGGGUCUGCGUCUCACACCUCCUCCCUCCUGCCGGGCCCAAGUGCAGGGAGCAGGCGUGUCGCCCUGGAGACCCUACAGGCCCCUCACCCCAGCGCUGUCUCCACUGACAUUGUCUUCCAAAGUUAAAGAUGCUCCCGCCUUCUCACUUCCCAGUGUGAAUUCGCUCACAAGGCUCCCAGAGUCUCCGGAAAGAAACCUCUGCCCUCGGGGAGAAAUGGGCCCUGCGGAAAGCAAGGGGCCAGCGGAGACGUCCCGGUGGUCCGCACGAGCACACCCUCCCACACACCCACCUCCCCCUCGGUCCAAAGCGCGUGAAACUGAUGUCCCUUUUCAUGCCAGAAGUGGCCAAAACCACUCCUCAGGGAGGAAUGAGUCUGCACGGAAGACAGGACCCUUGGUGGCAUCUCAAGAGAAUGCUGUGGCUGGUGCGUCUGCAGAGCUGGGCACGGUCCCCGAGAUCAGCUGGCACCACGAGGCACCUGGAAGCGAGGAGGACACAGACACACGCAGAGGGACGCAUGGGGACUCCGGGAGGACGCCCAGGAGGGAGGCCUGGGAGGAGCCGGCCCUGCCCACACCUGGGUCUCGGGCUCCAGCCUCCAGGACAGCGAGGAAUAAAGGAGGUCCCUGUCCUUUGCUAAUUCCUGUGGUCUCUGGAAGACCUGCUCCCAGUGAAAGCCCUGAGGGACGCCACGGGACGGGAGACUCGAAUGUUUAUGUCCUGGAGAGGACUGAGGGGAAAAGGGAGAGUUUAUCUUGUUUGACGGGAGACUUGAACUUGUUUACCAGCUGCUGUGACAAAUGGCCCCCCUUCCCAGGGCCCCGCGCGGGUCGGGCAGUUAGGAGUCCCCCCAAGGGCGGGGACAUGGGUCCGGUCUCCGGGUGGAGAAAGCGAAGGACGACCACUGAGAAGGUCGUACUGUCCUUCUAGAACUUUCCCUACACAUUCCCAUUCAUGCGAACGUGCCUCUGCCUGGACCUGUGAAUUUUGUCCAUUUUUAGUUGUUUGUGUUUACCCAUGACAUGAUUUUCUGCAG